GUGACUUAUUCUGAACCACAAGAGCAAGUCUGAGCAUGCGCACUGCAUCGGUUCUAUGGGGACGGGGAGGACAUCACGGAAAAAACGUAGCAGCAGCACCACAAACCCCACGCCGAGAUUUCGUCUCUCCGCUGCGCUGAAAGUGCGCGACGAAAGCGGCCCACGGCGAUGCCCGGUGUGGCGUUAACGUGCGGGACGACCACUUGACAGGCCCGGGCGAGGUCUGAGCCGCUGCCGGGAGGGGAAAUACAUUUCUUCGUAUGGGAGCAGCAUGCGGGAAAUGGUUGGAGGUUGCUGCGUGUGUUCAGACGAGCGAGGCUGGGCUGAGAACCCCCUGGUUUACUGUGAUGGACACGGCUGCAGCGUCGCCGUUCACCAAGCAUGUUAUGGCAUAGUCCAGGUUCCCACCGGUCCGUGGUUCUGUCGGAAGUGUGAAUCGCAGGAGAGGGCGGCACGUGUGAGGUGUGAGCUGUGUCCCCACAAAGAUGGUGCCCUCAAGAGGACAGACAGUGGAGGCUGGGCACAUGUUGUGUGCGCGCUCUACAUCCCUGAGGUUCAGUUUGCCAACGUCCUCACCAUGGAGCCCAUCAUCCUGCAGUACGUCCCGCAUGAGAGAUACAUCAAGACCUGUUAUAUCUGUGAGGACCAUGGGAGAGAGAGCAAGGCGGCCUGUGGAGCCUGCAUGACCUGCAACAGACAGGGCUGCAGACAAGCGUUCCAUGUCACCUGUGCUCAGAUGGCAGGUCUGCUGUGCGAGGAGGAAGGCCCAGAAGCUGACAACGUGAAAUACUGCGGUUACUGCAAGCACCACUACAACAAAAUGCAGAAGAAGUUGCGCUCCAGUGAAAAUACAAGUAGCUCCUUCAGUCAUGCCCGGGCGCGCUCCAGCUCUCCACCACAAGACAAACAUCACCACCACAGACAGAGGAAGAGUCAUAAGGACAAGAUUCGACAAAAAGAGCGCCACAAGAAGUCCUCUGACAGCCUGGGCUCUUCAGUGACGACCAGCAGUAUAGAAAAGAUAUCCUCCAGUCACCACAGCAGCAAGGACAGUGAAGGAAAGUCCAAGAAGCUGAGCUCACACAGUCACGGUCAUCGCAGUAAGAAGACGGGAAGCACUGGCAAGAGCUGCUCCUCCUCCUCGUGCUCCUCUAGUCCCUUCAACACAGGAGGUGGCUCGUUGUCUUCCGCGCAGGAUUUCCAUCCGUUCUCAUCCUCACGCCUGGAGCGUGAACACGAGCAAGGGGCGGACGACCACAGUGGUGAGGAGCGGAAGGAGCGCCACAGGAGGCCAGCUUUCCAGGAGGAGGAGAACGAAAAGGACGAUGAAAAGGAGGAGGACAAAGAUGGGGAGGAGGAGGACAGUAAAUACCAGAAACCACCAGCUUUGACUCCUGCUGAUGGCCCACUGGCGGGGUCACAGGGUCUUGACAGGUCGGAGGGCAACUCAAGCCCUUUUGAGAACAAGGUCACUAUUUCCACCUUUGGGUCCAUCAUGCGCAUUACCUCUUCGUCUGGGCUGGGCGGCAGUAGCAAGAUCCGGAAGAUUUCCUCCUCCGGGGACUACAAGCCCUCCAAGAGUCUUUGUAAACCGUCUCAACUGAGCACGCCGCCCAUCCUAGAGGAGGCGGCCCAGGAGGACAAAGCCACGCCUCCACCACUUCCCAGAGAGAGGAGGCACCGCGGCAACAAGAAGAGCAGCCACGGUCCAGGGCGGCCACGGGGCAGCAAGAACCGAGAGAGGAGGGAAGAGGAGCAUCACCACCAUCAUCACCGCGCAGUGCUGCCCCCUCCAGGCUUAACCUCCUCGCUCUACCCGAGCCCAUCCUCCAUCCCUCACCCCGCCUUUCCCUCCACGCUCCCUCCCACAGCCAUCUCAUCUUCUUCCUCUUCUUUCUCCUCCUCCUCCUCCUCCUCCUCCGCCGGCAUUUUUUCGACAAGCCGUGGCAACUCUCUGCUCAGCUCUGGUAUCUACUCCAGUCUAAAGGACCCUCUUGCACUGGGCGGGGGUGUCUGCAGUACCCCUCUCUCCCUGGGUGGAGGGGUGUGUAACACCUCCUUGUCCCUGGGAGGUGGCAUGUGUAGCACCCCUCUCUCCUCAGGACUCCUUACUUCCCACGUCUCCUCACUUUCACUUCCGUCAGUCAACGCUGUCUCAAACACACAGGUCCAUCCAGGUUCCAGCACAAGCUAUAGCCUGACCUCCACGCAGCCAUUCGCCAGCAGUCUCUCCACGGCCCUGACGCUGCCGCCACUACUGACACAAGCCCAGACCUCACUGCCAGAGUCCGACCUCGAUGACUGUCGCUUCCCGUGUCAGGGGAACUCACCGAGAGAGAGUCUUUUUUCACAGUCUCCUAUGAGCUUUCUUCCUCUUCUGUUUGAGCAGAGGGACGGGUUGAGUGCAGGAGUCAGAGCCCGCCCUGAGAACGUCCCUCCAGCCAGCUCCCACAUCGAGCUCCUGCUGGAGAAACACGGCAAUGGAGAGAUGGGAGUCAACAUUGUGGAGAUGCUCCAGUCGCUCCACUCGCUGCAGCAGGAGAACCAGCGCCUCCAGGACCAGAUCCUCAGCCUGACGGUCAAGAAAGAGCGGCUGCAGCUUCUCAACACAGAUCUGGCCGUGUCUUUCCCGCCACACAUUCAUUCCGCCUACGGCCCCAUGCACACCUCUGCCCAGAUCAACUUCCUGUCAUCCACCCACGACCCCCUGAGCACCAAUAAGAGCCCCCUGUCCAAAAGCUGUUUCCUGAAUGACACCUCCUUUGUUACCUCAUCUGAGGAGCUUCACUCUGGUAGUCCGUCCCGCAGUAGCUCCUCCCUCUCCUUCCAGAGUACUCCUCCUCAGCAGAGCCCUGCCUCCUUUGGCCAGCCCCUGUUGAACGGCCUGAAUCGAGGUUUGAGCGAUGGCUCGGGGCCCAUCAGUCAGGCUGUCGGCUCCUCUUUGCCCACGGUGGGCGGGCUCAUGUCGUCCCUGGCAGGAAGUCCUCAGCUGAAUAUGAACGGCGUGCUGGGCAGUCUGAACGGUGUGAUCCAGUCUCCUGUGCAGAACGCCCCUCAGCCCACAUUCCCCGCUCUGCGCCCCCAGCCUCCACCGCUCAACCCUCAGGGCUUUCAGCUUCCCAAGAGUUUGAGCCCGUCUUCUCUCCUGUCAGAGCAGCAGAAGCAGCAGCUUCUUCUCGAGCAACAGCAGCAGCAGCAGCAGCAGCUCCAGCAGUUCCUCACCUCACAGAACUUCACCCCUGAGCAGCAGGUGAUGGUGUGCCAGAUGCUGCAGCAGCAGAGACAGAGGGAGCUGCAGCGCCUCACGCUGACGGGAGCACUCUCCUCCACCCCAAACUCACCCAUGAUCGCCCAGUCACCUAACCUGCUGUCCUCAGCUACAGCCUCGCCCCUACAGAGCGGCCAGGGAUGCAGCCUCUUUGGCCUUCUGGACAAUGCACUUCACAAGCCUGGGGCUGCAGGGGACAAAGGUGGAGACAAGAAUGGGUGAUGUUUCUUGAUUUCAUAGGAGCAGCUCAAAUGAAGUUAUGGGGCAUCACAGCCCACUUGAAGAACUAAGGUCAACUUACAUGACUUCUGAACAUUUUUUCUUCUGUCAUCUUUAUCUUACACCCUCUUAUGAAUGUAUAACAGGAUGGACUGAAACAUCAAGGUGACAUUUUUCAUGUUUUUUAAUUCUUUAUAUCAGAGGUUCUUAUAGGUUUUUUGUGUAGGCAGCUUUCAGAGAGCAUGAAUACAGUGGUCUCUUCUUAAAUUGCACUAAUUUGUUACUAGACCAAUGGGGCUGCUUAUGAAGGCGGAGCCAGAGUUCCUGCUCAUUCCUGCAGGUGCUGUGUAGGCUUUUGGGAUAAAGUGAGAAUCACAGACGUUGGGCACUUCUUGCAACCUCAACUGUCUUCCUUGAUAUUGUGUCUUCCCUUUGUGUUAACCCCAAAUUUUCAUCCAGAUCUUCUACAUGUUGCAGCUUCUCACAGGCACUUAUUGUGUAAAGGAUACAUAUACUGUCAUUUCUGAUAUAUGGUUAGUGGCAUUUCAACAUUAAGCUAGUUAUUACCUCAGAUGUUUCUGCCACCCAUUUUCCAUUGUUAAUAUUUCGUGCUGAGUCAUUACCGCAAUAGCCUUCACUAGAUUUAAAUGCCCACCAAAAAUAAUGAUGUUAGCUCUAUUGAUUCAUGUAAAUGUAAAAAUGGCACUUAGCCUGUGGAUCCAAAAUGGCGCUAUGGUCCACUAGAAACUGGCAUCAACAAGAAUGUUGAGCACCAGAUUUUAUUCAAAACCACCUUUGAGAGUUUCUAAAGAUGUUUAUAUCUUCCCAGUUGCUAUCGAGAUUAAGCAGACAAAACCAAACAUUUGGAAAUUGUAAGAAAUUAAUAGUUUUUAAACAAGUGUGCACUUUGCAUGUUAGCAAAUUAGCCAUCAACACAGUACCUUCAGAAGGAUGCUCGGUCAGGUCUUUGACAGGUUUUUGAUUUAUGUGAAUAUUUUGCACUCCUCUUCCUGAAGUGUCAUUUUUUAAUGUUACUUCCAUACUUGGAUAUUCCUUUCAUGUUCACACCAACUAGAUGUUCUUUUAGCAAUACUGGAUAGAUGCCUUAAUGAUGCUAGAUGUACAGAGAAAACAUGAGCCCAAAGGCUUACACUCUCUUGUCGUCUUCCUUCUAUAGUGUUUUUUUAUCUUGGGGUGCAUUAGUAAAGUGAAAGCACUCUUCCUAAAUACCCAUUUAUACUUUUGAUAGCUGGCUGAUGAUUUCAAAAGGUGAAAUGUGUAAAUAGCCGUCUAGUAGUAACUAAAGUGUCAAAUGAUUUUCUAUUGUAAUGUUUGUGUUCAGAUGCAAUGAUCUUUAGUUGUUUGUGCUUCAGAGAACUGAGAAACAAGGAUUUACAGUCUAGCGUGUACAGCGAUGUCAUAGGAGACGGCUGGGGACGGCCAAGAUGUAAACUAUUAUUAAAGUUCGGUCGCAACGGUGUGUGAUACAUAGUGUAGCUGUUAUCAGACGGUGUUGUUACUGUUGACCUUCACUGCAGGGCUGUUUGAGCCCAUUUCAUAACUUAAGCCAACGUAGAGAUGAACGUGUCUUUCCUUCCACUUUACUUUAUCAUAUGAUGCCUCUGUUUGGCUUAGUUUUACUAACAAAGGAUACUCACAAAGUAAGGGAUUAUUUUAUUUUAUUUUAUCCUGUGUUUCUCACUUGUUUGCAAUCUUGAACAUGAUCUCCCUUACAUGUGAUAUCUUGAGUGCUAGAAUAUUUAGUUAGCAGCUAAUGUAGACGUCAUAAAGGAACUUCUAGCAGCGCACUAGUCCGUGAUAAAUACUGUAGCAAUGACAAAAGGAGAAUGUUGAUUCUGUUGAUAAAGACAUGAGCCAACACGUUGACAUGACUCCAAGUGUCUGCAAUUGACCAAGUAUGUCCUUAUGAGUCACCUCUCAGUUGAGGCAAUGUCCAGACACACAACCAUGUCCAAGAGAAGUGAUGCGAAGGAUUUCUGAAGCGGUUUCGUUUUCAUGUUGCACUGGGGCGCUUUGGGCCCAACUGUAAAUCGUUUUUAGUACCUUUUUCAAUUUUGUUGGAAUAAGAGUUGUAUACUUUAAUAUGUUUGUGUAAAAACACAUUCAUUCUUUUUAAGCGCUGAAGUUUGGGUAACCAAUGUCGUACUGUGUAUCUUUUAUGUAUUACAUUUAAGCACCUGGCUCUGAAUGAAGUUUGAUGGAGAGGGAAUUACCUAUUGGGAUAUGAAUUGCAUGAAAUGCAGUGACGUCUCAGAUGUGUUGCUAAAUACCAAGUAAUAACAAUGCAUCAUUUUGAAUGCAUUGUUCCCUGGGGAAAAAAAAUUAAAUUAAAUAAGCACUGAAUUUUAAAAAAGGACAAGCAUGUUGUCAUUGUACAGUGUAUUUGUUUGAGAGAAUUGAUCAAAACAAAUUUGACAUUAUUCAGAUUUAAAGCCCUGUAAAGUAUUUUGAUAUUUUUGUGUGUAAAAUUAAAAAGGACCGAUUUAAGACGACUUUUCUUUUGUCAAUAAAUGUAUUUUACUGA